AAGUCGAUCGCUAACGAUAACUAUUAUCUAGACGCUUUCCCCUCCUCCGCUGCUUUCGACGCGAUCAACGCCGCUCUCCAGAGCGAUGCUGCCGAGCGCAAGGACGCUGUCUCCAAGGCCAAGGCCAUCGUCUCUUUCAACCUGAAGAACGAGAAGGGCGAGGAAGAUAGCUGGUACCUCGACCUCAAGAACGAAGGUGUUGUGGGCAAGGGUGCUGCUCCUCAGGGUGCCAAGGCUGAUGUGACUCUGUCCCUCUCCGACUCUGACUUCGCUUCCCUGGUUAGCGGCAAGGCCAACGCCCAGAGACUCUUCAUGGGAGGCAAGCUCAAGAUCAAGGGUAACAUCAUGAAGGCGACCAAGAUGGAGCCCGUCCUCAAGAAGGCCCAGGGCAAGGCCAAGCUAUAG